AUGGCUGAAGGGUGCCUACUCAAUGCUCGUCGAGAUCUUGGGGACGCGAUAGAGAAUGUCAUAUUUACCCACGUUGCUGCAUUUGCUGCUCUGAUACGAGAAGCCUAUUAUCAUUAUGACCCGGACGGAAUCAACAGAAAAAAUGCAGCCCCUGCACGAGAAUACAGUAGCUGGAAGUUCUACAUCUCUGCAGCUGCCGGAGUGCACAUUUACGAUGUGAAAGCACUGGAUCCUCAUUCCCCCAUGGAACGCAGCUCCAUGCCACUGUUAUGGGUGGACGAAGCCCUCGAGAUCACCAGCGUCAAGAAGGAGAGGACUCGAGCGGUCAUGCUUGGACAGGCCAUUGUCCAACUUGCAACGAGCAUUCAGUGCAUAGGAGCUGUCAUCCUGGGCAUUCGGCGUAUAGCACGCAAGGAUGCCGCGGCGCGGUUCGACGUUCAGGUUUUUCUCGUUGCCAUUAGUGGGGUGGUCGUUCUUGUCCAGUCCUGGUGCCUGUUCUUUAUCAAUCACGAAUGGUGACAAAAGUACUCUGAAGACAGCCGGCUAUUUUGGGCCCGAGGCUUGCGUGUACGAAAUGGAAAGACUGUGGAUUUUGCUGCAAACCUUUUGAUGCUCAGUUCUAUAUCUUUGGUAUUCACUUGUCUGGGUGAAUUCAAAGUUAAAUAUCAUUUCUGGGACAAGAUGGGAAUUGUAAGGGCCUUGCCUCGUAACUGUGUAGUGAUACCUGGGAUACGCAGGGCGGUCGCAAGCUGGAAUAAAGCGGAGUAGGAG